AUGGUGGACUGGCUCAGUCUCGCCGUCCCCCUCGCCUACCUAGGCGUCCUGAUCGGCGCUCUCGCUACCUUUUCUUCUCUAUACCGAAAGCGCAAGUCCCGCAAGGCCGCUUCCCUUGAACCAUGGUUCCCAGCACACCUCCAGCGUGACAUCUACUUCUCCCUCAUGCACCUUGACCCCUCCACCCAACAAACGGAGAAAAAACUCCCCGCCGUCCCGGAAUCCGUCCUCAAAGCCUCCCUCCUCCGCCGCGCAACGGAAGAUAUCCGCCGCGUCCUCGCCCUGCGAAGCCAGAAACAGGCUCUCUCCGUCCUCCUCCAGCGUGGCAGUGUUGGCGAUGACCUGUGGCAGCGGUUCCUACGCGCCGAGAAGGAGAUGGAAGAUGAGGUUAAGGAUGUCGUCGCCGAGGCUAAUGCCUACGCUCCUAACUGGGGCCAGACUAUCUUCCAGUCUGCUAAUGAGAUGAUGAAUAAUGAUCUCUACCGCAAGCGCAUGGACGACCACCAGUCUAAGCUUGCUGAGGAGCGCGCGUUCUGGGAUAAGAAGAAGGCUAGCAUUCAGGAGGGCUUUAUGAAGGAGUUGGAUACCCCUGAGGAAUCUGGUGCUGCGGCUGCUAAGGCCCCCGAGGCUGCGGUGACUUCGACGAGCGCUGCGCCUUCGGUGCAAAGUGAUGAGGAUGCGGUGCUUGUUGAGGCCGAGUCGGUGAAUACGCCUGGUUCGGGUGGGAAGAAGAAGAAGGGGAAGGGGAAGAAAUAG